UGCUCCGAAGACGAGAACAACCACCAUGAAGUUCGCUAUUGUUAUGUUGUGCCUUUUGGGCCUGGCCCUGGCUCGCCCUGACACCAUCCUGGACUUCGAAGGGGAGGACCAUGAGCACGAGCAGGAGGGGGAUGCUGGGGAUGAGGUGGAGGGAUCUUACAGUUGGACGUCUCCCGAAGGAGAGGAAUUCUACGUCAAGUACGUCGCUGACGAAGAUGGCUUCAGAAUCGUCGAGUCCAACGCCGUCCCUGUCAGCCACGACGGAGUCGCUGCUGACGGUAACCAGGGAUCCUUCACUUCUGACGAAGAGGAAGAAAAAUGAGAAGUUUUAGAGAAAUAGCUUAACUUAGCGAACUCGUGGCUUCCGAUGUGAUGUACAAUCGAUGCUGUAUUCUGGUAAUGCAGUUAAAAUGUAAUUUAUUUUUUGGCAAUAAAUGAUUUCAUUUUGAACUUAA